UUGCUCAUCACAGAUCUCAACCACAAAUAUGGAAACAGAAGUUUAUCAGUCGGAGUGCUCUUGGUCUCAGAUCAAAUGGUUAGGACCGAUGAGCUCAUGACGUUCGCUGAUCUGGGACGGAGCCCACAUGGUCUAAAGUAUAAUAUGAUGGGCAUAGAAGAAGCUACUACCGUUCUCGGAGCUUCAGCUAACGAUAACACGUCAGAAAAUGAUAAGAACAACUCAGAAAAUCUGGUACGACAUGUUUGGUUAAAAGUUGUACGAGAGAAAUCAGAUAUUAAACGAUGGCAAAGGGCUGAAAAGGAAGCAAGAAGCAGAAAGCAUCACCAGGUUCUAGUGCACGGCGAACUGUUCGAACGAACAAAGUCCUAA